GUUUGUUUUCGAGAGGGUGGAGUAUCCCUCAUCGAAAACAAACAGGUUCUGAAGUGGUGCUGGGAAGAGGGAGGCUAGCAGACGAGAGCUUCUCUGCGUCCUUGCUUAAUCGUGUCUGUCUGGGCCCACAUGGAUAUUUUAAAAACAGGCGCUUCACAGGUCUUAAUGAGUUGGACGGAGGUGAAAUGGAGGCAGACAAGAGACAGAUGGGGAGAGGGUGCUGUAGCAGAAGGUCAGUGUGCAGACCGAGGCCACAGAGGACACACAGGAGCUCUGCUCUGCUUCAGGCAGGUUGAGGAGUUUUGGGGGUUUUUUGGGGGAGAAUAAGGAGAAAAAAUGGCAGCGACGUUUCGAUCAUCCUCUCUGGAAAACACUGAAGAAAUGCCACGAAUGUUUGAACGGGAAAGAGACAAUUACUUUGUCACAGAGGAGGACUGUCGCAGUGAGGAGUUUGAUCAUGAUUCAUUGUGCAGCGAGGAAGGGAGAGGAGGCCGGAGCGUCCGCAGGUCUCUGUUUGUGGAGAUCUACGGUCUGCAGAGGGAGCCACACAUCUAUUUCUCAAACCAGGAGUACUACAGGAGGCUGGAGGAGCUGAAGAGCACACACCUGAAGAACAUGGCCGAGCUCGAGAGGAUGUACAUUGGCCAGCAUAGGGAGAGUCCUGCGGAGGAGGAAGAGGACGGAGGAAGUCCGGGAGGAAGAACAGACAGAGAGGACAGACUGUCAAUCAGGAACUUCCCUGUCAGGAAACUCCAGAGGAUAAAUUCCCAGGAGCAGCUGGACUUCCAUGACUCAUCGAGCAGUUCGGACGGAUCCGAGCUUUACGGAGCGUGCAGCACGGGGGACCUGGAGCGGACCAAUCCCAGAGAACCUGGCCAGGACCGAACCUUUGAGAGAGACUUCCUACUGAGCCCAGAAGAAAUGACAACCCAGAAGCAGUUUCUGUUCAAGCCCAAAGCCUCCUGUGCGAAACCAAAGGGGAGAAUUUCAUGUCCAACCGGGUUCAGGGUCAGGUCCAACUUCAACGUCACCGUGCCCAAACCCUUCCAGAUGAUGCUGAGAGAGGAGGAGAGGAAGAGGUACAAGGUGCGCACUCGCUCGGAGAUCCAGCUGGAAAACACUUUGCUGAAACGGGAGCUUGAGGAGCUCCAAGAGUGCCAGAAAAAGUUCAGGGCGUCGCCAGCACCGGCGCACAUCCAUCAGCCGCUCUACGAAGUUAUGAGCCGUCGUUCAGGCCAGCGAUCUAAUCGCAAAGGAAGCAGCAAAACCACGAACGAGAACCAGAGCACCGCUGCGGCUUCUCCACAGCCUUUCCAUUUCCUGGAGAGGGAGAGGAUGAAGAGGGAGGCGAAGCUUGUUGCCGAGCUGGGGAACCUGGGUCUGAGAGAGGAACGACAGGCCUUUAAGGCGAGACCCAUGCCCAGCUCGGUGUAUGGAAGCAACCACAAGGCGAACACCAACACCACAAGCCGCCGCUUUCCAGACAUCUGCACCCAGGAGAGCGAGGCCACGGAGGGUCAAAGUGACACAAACUCUGACGCCCCUCCUGACUCAAUUAAGCCUCAGACAUGGCUGUCUUCAAAGCCAGUGAAGAAGCAGAUUAAGGUUUCCAUUGAGAUGGUGAAAGGAGAGGGAGUGUUGUCAGAAUUACUCGCUUAAAGCCAAAAAUAUGUACUGACCUCUGCAGCAGGGACCCCUGGGUGGGAUGGAUGGACUGUAUCACUGUCAGAGAGACCGUUCUCAUAAAACAAGACACACAAGGGAAGAAACAAAGAGCUACGUCUUAACCGUUUUUUGUAGAUUAGUUGUAUUCUAUAUAUAAAAAAGGUGUGGUUUUCAUAACAUAUCUUUUGGUCAGCUCUUUCCUUAGAAGACCAGAAGGCAAUUCACAAUCUCAAAUCUGGACAACACACAUUGGUAAUGGGUGAUUGAGGUUUGGAUGUUUUCCUGGUGAAGUGGAAUGACACCAUGCAUUGCUUCUUAUUCUUGUUCUACUUCUUUGAGUGUAA